CCUGUCCAAUAUCAGAGUUACUAUUCCCAAAGGGAAUCUUGGAUGGAUAAGCCACGUUCAUUGACCCCUCCUCCUUUACCACCAAAGCCUAUUGCGUUAAUGAAUAGCUUUGAGAGAUAUACUAUGCGACGUAAUGCAAGUGCACCAGAGAUUUCAGCCUAUAGAUUUAAGAGAAGCCAGGAUACUGAGACUCUUAUUAUUUUCUUAUGUAACCUGGACAUAAAUCUUGAUGAGGAUGAUUUCAAGAUCCUUCGUAAGCAGAAAAUAGAUGGCCAAACCUUCCCAGACAUGACCGAAAAAAAGUUCAUGAAGGAUGGCAAAAUUGAAUAUUUUUGGCUCUUUCCAUGUGGAGAAUGGUCUCUUCAGCAUUUCAUAUCCUGGUCAACUAAUCUGUUUAGGUCUACUGAAAGAAACGAGACACAUACAGUAUUUUACAAUACGUUAUAUAUUUUUUGUGAUGAUCCAAUGGCCUCGCAGGAGAUCCUCGAAGUUGUUAGAAAUCUUUUACUUAAUAAAAAGGUCAAUAGAAAAAAAGGUUGCAAACCUUUAGCCAAUAUUUCUAACUUACAGAAAGAGGUGGUAAAGAAGCCGCUCCCUUCAAAAUCAGAUUUAUCUAUAGAUAUUUUAGAAAUUUUAAAGACUGCACAUUAUAUUAAAGUUUCAAGAGAAAGUAUAUAUAAUGCUGAAAUGUAUCGGGUCCUAGUGAAUUGGUUAAGAAAAAUCCAUGGAUAUGAGAUCACUGGUCAGUGGCAUCUCGAACAAGUUUGUAAUGAUGGGAACUACCAUCACCUUUAUUGCGAUCUAACUAUAAAGAAGCCUGAUAGUUCCCAUCUGGAAGCUCUUCUCGAACUAUUGGCGACAGCAUCAAUUCCCAAGUUAAAUGGCUAUUUCAAACAGGUAUUUAAGUAUAAAGAGCAACUUUAUCCUCAAGAGAUCUGA